AUGAUUACAGUACUCAAAGUCGGCGGAGAGAGUAAGGAAUCCAUAUUUUAAGAUUUUUUGUUUAGGGUGACGGAAUUUUUGACGCGUUUUUUUCAGAAACCUGUCAUCUCAAAGCCGUUGAUGGUAGAAUUGAAUACAAGUUUUUGAACCAAAAAGAUUACAAAGAUGGCUGUGAUCCAAGUCCAUUUUUCGGCAUUGCCCUCGACACGUUCAAUUUCAGUUUCAAGAACACUCCGGAGUUGGAAUUUGAGUUUAAGUUUCCGAAAGUUCCGGAUGUUACGAUUCAGAUCGGAUCCAAUAGCUGCUAUACCGCGAGGGUUAUGUUCAAUGCCACAAAUCCGCCUCCACAACUUUGGUUUUUGAAAGGUAAGUUUGUAAUUACCGUUUUUCGAACCAAAAAAGUCAUAUACGGAGAGAAAAUUAGGAAUUUCUCAGCAUUUUCGACGAGAGAUUGCGGAAAACGACAGACGGUCAGAGAAAAAAGUGUUUUUUUUUGGCAAGAGAUUUUCUCGAGUUCCGCUGGCCAGUUUUCUUCAAAUUUAGCAUAGUAGUUACAGAUUGGCUACAUAUAAAUUCCUGAAAAUCUUGGCUUGUAAUUUGCAAGAGUAGCCGAGAUAUUCACCGAAAAUUAUGGGCGAGAGAGUAUGGAAAAAGAGGAGGACGGUCAAAAAAAUUUUUAUGUUCUUAAAUUCUGUGAGGGAAAAAGUAGUUUAGAGAAUGAAUUGGUUGAUUCUUCACCUUAUUAUAAGGCUGUUACAGGGGCUUUCUCAAAAAAAAAAAAAAAAAAAAAAAAAAUUUGAAUUUCAACUAUGAAACUUUGUUAUAUAUCUCAUAAAAUCGAUAGCAAAAGCUGAAAUAUCUGUUCAAGUUUUUUUUGUAAGUUUUGGCCGAGUUUUAGUUCAAAAUUUUCAAAGAAAUGCCCGAAAAACUUUGUUUCUCUGGUAAAAGUUCCUUAUUUUGGCCACAACUUAUAACUUUGCGGAAGCUUGUCGGAAUUAGCCCAAAUUUAGCGUGCAGGCUCAAUUCAUCGUUGUCAAUGCCCGGACAGUUGAUUUAGUUAGUGAGGUACCUUCUUUUUUACGUACCACCUUACCCUUCAAAAACGGCUGCAGCCUGUGAUUUUACACUUUAUACGAUGAAACCUGUCCGGAACUAAACUUAUUGCCUCCGUAUGGAACUAAAUGAGUCGUCACAGCCUUCGUAGGUACCCUUAAAACUAUAGAGCUAUUAUAGUAAUUCAGUGCCAGCCAGGUCGAAGCAUUUUUUUCUAACUUUAGUGCCCAAGCUUGGGCGCAGUUCGCGGAGUACCUUUGUUGUGGCCAAAAUAAGGAACUUUUUCCGUUUCUCUCGCUCUCGAAAUUUCCCCACGUUACUCCAAUUUUUUUAUUUAAAAAAAAUUUUUUGCAUUUUUAAAAAUUUAGAAUCAAACGGAAAGCCGAACCGUGACGACUUGCGCUCACAGAACUUUACUCUUCAACAAAAUCUCCUCUAUCCCAGAGCAUAUCAACCGGAGAAGAUUCUUUGUGGCUUUCUGGUUCGAAAGGUUGGAAAUUACAAGAUUAUUGACGUUUUACUGGAGUAGGUUGUUUUAAAAUUUUUUUUAUUGUCAUAAAAAUAUCCUAAAAACCCAUAAACUUAUUAUAAAAUUGAUUUUUCCGACGUUUUGACAAAAUAAAAAAAUUUUUGAUUUUUUCCGAGCUGCGCCCGAGAAGUGGCUGAAAAUUGAAUUUUUAGAUAUUUAAAACAAUUUUUAUUCAAGUUGUCGCAUUUUACCCACAAAAUAUUAGGUUCUUCAAUAAUUUUUUUUUCCAGACAAGGCCGAGCAGUUGAAUCACUCAGUUUGGUCAUCAAAUCGCCCAAUAGAAUCUUGAAAUUGGUUAGCGAUCUUCCAUUCGACCCGGCCAAUCCAAGCGUGUUUAUUCAUCCGCAUGGUGAACUCGAUUUGUUCUUCGAACUCAAUCGGUAUUGGUGGCCAUUAUCGCUGUUUUUGGGAUUCAUUGGGUAAGAGGAUUAAAAAAAAUUUUUUUUGAAGCUUCGAAAAUUUUUUCGAUUUUUUUGCAGAUCUUUUUUUUCAAUGUGUGUUCCGCACUGUGCAAUAUUUUAACAAUUUUUUUCGGAAUUUUUUGCACAGUGCAACUUCAUGGUAACACAUUUUUUAGUGUCGAGAUUUUUUUCAUUGUUUUGCACAGUGCAUUUUUUUAGACUCCGAAAAAAUUUUGUGCCGUGGAGAUCUUUGAUUAUCCAAUAUGAAAAUAUCUUCCGCACUGUGCAAUAUUUCAAUAAAUUUUUUUGCAUUUUUUGCACAGUGCACUUUCUUGAAGGUGACCAAAAAAUUUUUUUUUCCAAAACGCCUUCCGCACUGUGCAAUGACAACUUUUCUGUUUUUUUUUGCACAGCGCAAUUUUUUGGUGACAUUUUUUUCAAUUCUAGAUUUUUGUAUUUUUUGGACAGUGCAUUUUUUGAAACUCCAAAAAAAUUUUGCACUAUGCAGAUCUUUGAUUUUCUAAAAUGUCUCCCGCACUGUGCAAUGACGAAUUUUUUGACUUUUUUGCACAGUAUAAUUUUGUGGUGCAUUUUUCUCAAUUUGGAUGUUUCUUGCAUUCUUUUUGCACAAUGCAUUCUUUAAAACUCCGGAAAUUUUUUUUUUCACCGUGCGUGCAGAUCCUAGAGCCCUUUCCGAUUUUUUUACACAGCGCAAUUUUUUGGGCAAAAAAAUUUUUUAUUUGUUUUUUUCAGAGGAACUUUGCUUGGGCUCGCCAUUGCAAUUGCUGUAGUAAUGUGCAUUGUGAAGAAGCCUAAGGAAUUCUGUGUCGUUUCGUCCGAGAGUAUCCGAGAAACCGCCAAGGAAAGGGAUGCUUCGCUGAGGAGAUCCAAAAAGAAGUCGAAGUCAAAGAAAUGA